AUGUUCAAGAAGAUUGCACAUAACACCACCGUACCUGCUUUGGGAGGCAACAGAGACCUCCGGACACUACAGGACCUUAUCACAGCAGAGAAGGGUGUGCUCAACUCAUUACACAAACUAAGUUCUGACCUUACGAAAGCAUCGGAAGCUUUGAAAGUAUGGGGACUUGGAGAGGGUGAUGAUCUAGGCGAUAUCCUGAGCGCGUCGACCGUACUAUUCAAUCAUUUCACUGCCUCUCUGACGACAUUUGCCAGCCAUGAAGUUUCUGUACGAGAGCACAUGAAGGCCCUCCGUACACGCGAGGAGAGCCUUGACGAACUGCGUCGCCGCCGCAAGGCACACGCCGCGAAGGCAGAUUCCGCCGACAAGAAACUAGCCAAGAUGAAUCCAGAUAAUAAGAAUUUGCAGGGCCAGAGAGAGUUGGUCUACAGACUUCAGGAGGAGAUCCGUAUCAUGGACACGGAUAUCAUGGCGGAGGAAGCGAGCCUGAGCGAUUUCAAGCGGUCAACCACCAAGAUGUGGAUGGGACUCAAAUUUGGAGGGCUUCUUGAAUGCUCCAAUAAAGGCGUCAUUGUCGGAGAGAUAGGAUUGUUGGUAAUUGAAGAAAUCCCAUUGGAAACGACAGAGCCCGGUCUCCCGCGUGCCUACUACCAAGGGCGUUCGAGGACAGGCUCCUUAAUUGCAGAAGCUCAAACUGCUGUUAGCAGCGUUCAAUUUCCCUCCGAUCCCUACCAACAAACUCUAACAGAAUACCGCACUAGCGGAAAUUCUUUGAGCGAACAGUCUCCAAUACUGCCGCCUCCUCAGCGCAGACAACCUGCUAUGAUGGAUAACCCUCCAGUGGGCGGCAUUGGCAGCCCGCCACUUCACCCAAUGUCUAUGCCCUUACCGACUGACAGACCGCGGUCGACAACAUCGUCGCGACUCAGCCAGGGCCCUAUCUCACCGACCAACACUGGUUUUUCGGGCUACCCGCCGGGCCCGCAGGGGAACUUCUCAGCGGACUCUCCCGUGAGUCCAAGCCCUCACAUGCCGCAACCUGAUAUAUACCCAAGCGUCACGAAUGAGUUCGGCGCGAUCGCUCCCGGACAGUUUUCCGCGCGGUCCAGCUCGGUGCGCAACCCAGACGAGCGCGAGCGCGCGGGGGGACCACGUGGCGCGCGGUUCGCCACAUUUCCGACGAAAGUGGGUGGGCCCCGCUCUCCGCAUGCGCCGCCGCAGGAAGGGGACAGACCGCCCUCGCUCGACGUCAACGCACCGGAGGACGACUUCUCCUCGAGCGUCGCGGCAGCGCUCUCGCAGCAGUGGCAGCUGGAUGGCGAGGCGCGGCGUGCAUCCAUGUCUACGAGGAAGCCGCCGCCCCACGUGAAGAGCGAUGACUAUUCGCAUUCGACAUAUACUUCCCCGCCCCCGCUGUACUCCCCGCACGAUUUACCGCCGGGGGCUGCGCCGCCGCAGUCGCAAUACGGUGGAACGUGGAAUAGUCCUGUCAUAGCUCCACAUGAAGCAGACCCAAGUUUGCCCCCGCCACGGGAGGGUGCUGAGGAGGAGUCCUACGUUGGACUGGCGUACAUGUCUGGGCAGCAUAUUGGGUCUGAACCUUCUCUCGCAGGCGUUGACCGUGGGGACAAGCGAGUUAAGUUUGAGAGCGGAAGAGAGGAGACGGGGAAGCUGGAUACGGAUAUGGGCGCCCAGAUAGCAGAGGCAGCCCCGAAGUUGGAGGUCGCAACCCACCUACAACCCGCUGAAGGGGCGCAAAUCGAAUCCCCAAUUGCGGAGUCGCAUCAAGAGGCGGAUCCGCACCAUUCGCCUAUCUCUGACCACCCACCCUCCCCUCGAGUGCCUUUGCCCGAACAUGACAACCAAUCAUUGCAUGCUGCCGCUGCACGCGAAGUGUCGAGGGAAUUGGAUGCACUGAUGCUCAAUGGCGCUACUCCGCGCGCACCGUCCCCUCUGUUACCACCGCAAGCGCCAUUCUCCAGACGCGCGGUGUCGCCCAGGCCUGAGAUGGAAAACUCCUCGUCGCAACCAACUAGUCCAAGGCUGGAAUACAUCCGGGAGCGCAGCAGAGCGAUGAGCUCUUCAGCCUCUAGCGGUGAUCCAACUGGUCACAUCUCCGAGCCUCGGUUCACCGGAGAGCGAGAUGCACCCCUGCCAGCGCCCGGGAUCAAAGUCUCCAACAUACCUUCGCCAACCUCCUCUAGCAUAUCUACCAACCCCUAUCGCGCGUCCCCAGAGCACUCGCCCGCAGUCGGUACAUCUCAGCCGACGUCCUCCUUCUACAACUUGUCCGCGGUGAGCGGCUCGAAUCCCGUGCUCGGCACCGGCGCGCGCACAAUACCUGCGUCCGCCUUCAGGCGGCCCCGUGCACCGACGAGCCCUGCGACCGACAGCGGUGGGUCUUCUGGGGCGGCAACAGAUAUCAGUCCGUUGGUGGUGAAAAAACGGCCGCUGCCGCCGUCGCCACAUCCCGCCGCGCCGGGCGUGCGCAUCCCGUCUGCGCCUUUCACUAGCCAGUACACCCAGAGCGCGGUAGACCCACGAUUCCGUUCUGUAUCUGCAGAGCCAGGACCUGGCGGUGGCUUGGCCAGCCACCAGACAGUGCCUGCACAGCCUCCGUCGUAUGGAGAGGUGCAGGGUGCAGAGGAAGAAGACGAAUAUGAUUUCGUUGGCGCGUAUGCGCAGUCCUCUCAUCCGCCACCUGCCCAUCGGACGGAGGCCGAGGAUCCGCGACAGUCGGGCUUGGGACAUGUCAGGUCUGCUGCGAACAUGGACCGAGAUGGGCACGAGGAGGGACUGCGGUGA